UCUUAAACCCUACAAAAAGAGUUCACCUCAGCUGAAGCAGCAGCAGCUAUUUCUCCUCCGCAAGAAAUGGUGGGUCCUCUGCUCCGCUCGCUGUGCUCCGCCGCCGCCAGAAAAUCACUAUCUUCCUCCUCCUACUCUGCCAAUUAUCGAAAGCCCUAUGUGUUUUCACUCGCUUCGGGUCUCGCAAGGCCAUUCUCUUCGUCCACCGGCGCUGCCACAUUUCCGUCGACCGCCAACGAUCACGCAACCGUUGUUGACCCCAGCCGCCUCCGCAAUGUCGCCGUAAUAGCUCACGUCGAUCACGGGAAGACCACGCUCAUGGAUCGGCUCCUCCGCCAGUGCGGCGCCGAUAUCCCGCACGAGCGAGCUCUUGAUUCGAUCAGCCUCGAGCGCGAGCGUGGCAUAACCAUCUCCUCCAAGGUAACAUCUAUUUCGUGGAAAGAGAAUGAGCUGAACAUGGUUGACACACCUGGACAUGCAGAUUUUGGAGGUGAAGUUGAGCGGGUCAUGGGCAUGGUUGAAGGAGCAGUUUUAGUUGUUGAUGCUGGCGAAGGUCCCUUGGCACAGACAAAGUUUGUCCUUGCAAAGGCCUUGAAAUAUGGUAUACGGCCUCUGCUUCUUCUGAACAAAGUAGACCGACCUUCAGUUACUGAAGAAAGGUGUAGUGAGGUCGAGAGCCUGGUGUUCGAUCUUUUUGACAAUCUUGGUGCCACAGAGGAGCAGUUAGAAUUUCCUGUUCUUUAUGCUUCUGCAAAGGAAGGAUGGGCCUCAUCCACUUAUACAAAGAAUCCCCCUGAGGAUGCUAGGAAUAUGUCCGACUUGCUUAAUGCAAUCAUAAGUCACGUUCGUCCGCCAACUGCUACACUUGAUGCACCUUUUCAGAUGCUGGUCUCUAUGAUGGAAAAAGAUAAUUAUGUUGGCCGAAUUCUAACUGGUCGUAUUUAUUCUGGAAUCCUCCAAGUUGGUGAUAGAGUGCAUGGAAUUCACGCUACAGAUUCUGGGACUGCCAAAACUGAAGAAGGGAAGGUUGUGAAGCUGAUGAAAAAAAAGGGAACCAGUAUUGUUUCAGUUGAUAGUGCCGGUGCUGGUGAUAUAGUGUCGAUGGCUGGGUUAACCAGUCCAGUGAUUGGGCACACAAUAGCAAAUGUUGGGGUCAUGACUGCUCUACCUACUGUUGAUCUUGACCCCCCAACUAUUUCCAUGACUUUUGGCGUGAAUGAUUCACCAUUGGCUGGUCGAGAUGGAACUUUUUUGACCGGAAAGCAAAUUGGUGAUCGUCUGAUGGCUGAAUCCGAGAGGAAUCUUGCACUAAAUGUUCUUCCUGGUUUGUCAGACUCUUAUGAAGUUCAAGGGAGGGGAGAACUUCAGUUGGGUAUCUUGAUUGAGAACAUGAGGCGUGAAAAUUUUGAGUUGUCUGUAUCACCUCCCAAAGUCAUGUAUAAAAUUGAGAAAGGACAAAAACUGGAGCCAAUUGAAGAAGUGACUGUAGAGGUGAAUGAAGAGCAUGUAGGUUUAGUCAUGGAAGCUCUUUCUCACAGGCGAGGAGAAAUUACAGACAUGGGUCCAGUCCCUGGCAGUGUUGGUAGGACUAGAGUUUGUUUGACUUGUCCUUCUAGGGGCUUAGUUGGUUAUAGAAGUGUCUUUAACAGCGAUACACGUGGCACUGGAUUCAUGCACCGCGCAUUCUUGUCCUAUGAGAAAUAUCGAGGUCCUCUCGGAAACGUCAGAAAAGGAGUACUGGUUUCAAUGGGAUAUGGGACUAUCACAUCUUAUGCUUUGAUGAGUUUAGAACCACGUGGAAUACUUUUUGUCAAACCCGGAAUGGAGGCUUAUGAUGGCAUGAUUAUUGGUGAACAUUCACGAGAUACUGAUCUUGAUGUUAAUCCAGUGCGAAGUAAGGAGCUAACAAAUAUCCGUGCUGCAUCCAAAGACGAGAAUGUGAAACUAACCCCUCCUCGCCUUAUGUCUCUCGAAGAAGCGAUAGGGUAUGUUGCAUCUGAUGAGCUCAUUGAGGUUACACCAAAUGCUAUUCGGUUAAGGAAGAGAUACCUGGAUGUUAACAAGCGAAAAACAAUGAGUAAAAGGCCGAAGGAUUGAUUUUCUACCCAAAGACGUAUAAUUUUGUGAGUUGAAAUAAUUAUUCUACACUCCAACAUAGCCGCAGUUGAGGUAAAGAUGUAUCAUAUAUUUGAUGGAGUUUAUAUGCAAUAAGAUAUAUACAGAACUCCAACAUCCUACUUUGUUUAUACACUGUUGAGAGUUUUACAAUUUGCUACACACACAGUUUUUAGGAUUCUUGAACUGCAUUGAUAAUCUGAAUUGAAUUUUCACCAGAGAUUAAAAAAUUUACUUCUAUUUAAA